AUGGCGGCAGCGGCAAGACGGCUGGACAACAUUCAGCGGACACUGGGGACGCAGGCGACGAGCUCGGGCGACAAGGAGGUGCUUACAUCGAGCAACCUGACGGGGCGCACGCUGGUCCUGAACCGGCCGCAGGCGCUGAACUCGCUGACGCACGAAAUGGUCAAGUCGAUCAAGCGGCACCUGGCGGAGUGGCAGCGGUCAGACCUGUGCGACGUGGUGAUGCUGCGGUCGAACAGCACGAAGGCGUUCUGCGCGGGUGGCGAUGUAGUGAAGGUGUCGUCGACGUUCAAGACGGAGGGGAUGGCCAAGGCGCUGUCGUUCUUCCAGGACGAGUACCAGGUGAACCACAUGCUGGCAGCGUAUCCGAAGCCGGUGGUGGCAUUGAUGGGCGGGUUCACUAUGGGCGGCGGCGUGGGGCUGUCGGUGCAUGCGCCGUUCCGGGUGGCCACGGAGUCGACGGUGUUUGCGAUGCCGGAGACGAAGAUUGGGUUUUUCCCGGAUGUCGGGGCGACGUUCUUUUUGCCUCGGCUGGACGGCCAGACGGGCACGUUCCUGGGCAUGACUGGGCACUGGCUGCGCGGGCGGGACGUUGUGUAUGCGGGCAUUGCCACGCACUAUGUGCCGAAUGCGCGGAUUCCGCUGCUAGAGCAGCGGCUGCAGGAGCUGGGCACCCAGGACUACGAUGCGGUGAACGACGCGAUCGAGGAGUUUGUCGAGCAGCCGGCCGAGUUCGACUAUGGGCUGCGGGAUGUGCGGGCGGCGAUUGACCGGUGCUUCAAGCACAACACAGUGGAGGCGAUCGAGGAGGCGCUUGAGCAGGAGGGCAGCGAGUGGGCUCAGAGCACUUUGGCGACGCUGCGCAAGAUGUCGCCGAGCGCGUUGAAGGUGACGCUGGAGCAGCUGCGCAACGGGCGGCAUUUGGGAAUCCGCAGCGCCUUUGAUCUGGAAUUGCAGCUGGCGCACCACCGGCUGCAGUCGCACGACAUGCACGAGGGCAUUGAUGCGCUGCUUGUGCGCAAGGAGAAGGCCAAGUGGGAGCCGGCAAGCCUGGCGGGAGUGGAUAUGCGGGAGCUGCACAAGGAGUACUUUGAGACGGGUGUCAACUACAAAGUGCCGUUUGUGAUGGCGGCGGAUUUCAACGAGUAUCCGCACAAGUACGUGCUGCCAAGCGAGGCGGAGAUCCGGGCAAUCGUGCGUGGCGAGGACCCGCAGGCCGGCAGCCUGGGAAUGACACGCGAGCAGGUGAUCCAGUUCUUUGAGGUGCAGCGCAAGCGCAAGAUCGGCGUCAAGGAGAAGGUGGCGUGGGUGCUGGACAACAAGACCAAGGUGCAGGCGGACAGCUAUGCGCUGCAGUGGGUUCAGUAG